CAAGUGUUUUUUUUCCCAUUCAGCACAGCUCAGAACAGGCAGCUUUCCUCAAUUCUGUGUCUCCCUGCCGAGUAUGUGAGAUGGAUGACAUCUACAGCUAUGCAGAAAUAGUGUUCUCUGACCUGGAGAAGAGGCCAGCGGCAGAUCUCUUCAAAGGAGAUCAGGAUAUCUAUGCCACUGCUGCUGAGCAGGAGUCAGGAGAGAAACAGAACUGCCCUGUCGAACACACAGGCUCCUCUCCUCUCUCUGCAGCAGAGAACAGUGGCACCCCCUGCAGGUGCAGCCUGGCCCUGCUAGCUGUACUCUGCCUCGCUCUGCUGGGUGGUCUCACUGCACUGGGGAUCCUGUACGUUCAGAAAAGCAACCGAUCGGACGCCCUGGAGGAGGAGAACAGGGAACUCUCCAUCUCUCUGUCUUCUGUGGAGCAGAGGCUAGCAGAAUGCACUAAGAGGAAAGUGGACCUUGCCUUCCUGUUUGAUGGGUCAGAAAGCCUGAAAGCAGACGAUUUUAAGAAGAGCAAAGACUUCAUUGCUGACAUCAUGAAGACACUUUCAAAUACCUCUAUACAGUUUGCAGCAAUGCAGUUUUCGAAGACGUCCCGCACUGUUUUCACCUUUAAAGACUACCAGGAAAAGAAGGCAUUGGAUCUCUUAGAAAAGGAACAACACAUGAAGGACCUCACCAACACAUAUGGUGCAAUGUACAAUGUUCUAAACGAUAUUUUGAGCAGCAGCACAACAGCUGGUGCCAUUCCAGGUGCUACAAAGGUUCUAGUCAUCAUCACAGAUGGAAAUCCAUCUGACAAGGAUUGGAAAAAGGUCAUCAAAACUAUGGAUGACAGGCAUAUCACCCGUUAUGUUAUUGGGGUUGGGAAUGUUGCCCGGGAGACACUGACAGCCCUGUCAUCACAUCUCCCCAACAAGAAUACUACCUUCCCCAUGAAUGACUACGAUGGACUGAAGGGAGUCUUGCAUAGUCUACAGAAACAGAUCUACAACAUUGAAGGUAUUAUCAUAUUGAGUAUCCACCCAUGGAAUACACUGGUUAUUACUUAAUUUUUUGUCUUUAUGUUUGUGUUUAAUCUAAUCAACAAUUAAAAUACUUGGCAAGACACAUUUCUAAGCUGUCUGCAGUUCCAGAAGUCAUGUAACACGAAACAUGUAAACUUGGCUCUGAAGACUUAGGACUUGCCUUCCAGUAGCCUGCAUUCUCAGGGCUUUUAUAGAACUAAUGUAAUUAUUAAUUUCUGUUGUGUGGACCUCUGUAGUGUGGAUCUAGGCUUGUGUUAAGAUAAGGGGUGGGACCAUUUACUUGAGUAAACACUCGCCAGCAGAUUCAUCAUCAUUCAGAAAAAAAAACUGUAAAAUCGUUAAAAAAAAUAAUUGCCAGGUUAAAGUGUUCAUUACCUAUGUGUUGCAUGACUGGCCUACAGAUCUUUAUUGUAUUUUAAAAUGUCACUAUGUUAAUUGUUCAAAACAAGCUUGUGUCUUAUGAGAGCAUUUUUGCAUCACCUAGCUUUAUGCAUUUGACACUUGUCAGGAUUAAUACAAUGGCAAAUCACAGCAUAAGGAAAAGCCACACAUUCUCUCACGCAUCUGUAUUCUCAAUUGUCACCUUCUCUUUUGUUUGUUUUGCUUUGGAACCACUGGCAAGUGUAAGAGAUGGUUAACAUCAUUUAGUGCAUUUAUUUUCCCC